AUGGUUGAUUCAAAUACUAUUAGUUCCAAGAAUUAUUAUCAUUCAGAACUGCAAAAUAGGUUAUACUUUUCAAGUGGUUCAAAUCAGGAUAUGAAAAUCCCUUAUCCAUGUACUUGUUGCAAGCGAAAUUCCCCUUCUAUAUCUUCACCACGAUGUAUGAAUGUUUGUGCAGACUGUGAUACUCCAGCCAUAAACUAUAAUCUCAAUUUAUCGACAACCAAUUUUUCAGAUAAUAACCUCAACCCAUUUUCUCAGUUUACUUCUUUAUCAAAAUCCAAAGAUCCUUUCUCCAGUGUUUUGAACAAUGAACAACAGAAUUAUAUAAAUAAUAAUUCUCUUCGACCUAAAAUCUCGUCUCCCAUUAAUUCUUCUCUAACCAUUCUGAAAUGUGAUGAGUUCUCUACGUCUAAACUUAAUUUGGGAAAUUCUGUUGAGUUGCCUACAAAUCAACUGGCUAUAUCAAACGAAGGUGAUAGCAGAUGUGAUGAUAUGGAGAUAAUUAAUAACAAGGGCACUGAAGAAAAUAAUAAUAUUACGAGUUAUCAUCAAGUCAUUCACACUGAUAAUCCAUACCACAUGAAUCAGUCUAAUCCGAAUCUUCUUAAACUUUUGUCGAACUGUAAUCAGUUAGUCAGAAACUCAUCAGUUGAAAUAUUACCAUCUUUGUAUUCACCGCUACCUUCAUUAUCAACUGUUAAUACACUACAUCCAUUUAACAAUCAUGUUACAAGAUUAGACUCUUUAAUGCUAGAUAAUACUUCAAAAUGUCCCCGUGAGGAUUGUAUAACUGAAAAUAUGGAAAAAUAUAAUCAAACUAAGAAUGAAGAUAAUGUUGUUAACAAAAGGUCCGAUGAUUAUAUGGAUAGCAAAUCAACUUAUCCGAAUAAAAAUUCCUUGUGGAUGUUCAAUAACUGCACCAACCCAAAUAACACAGCAGGAUUUGAAGAACCAUUUGAUGUCAGUCACACAAUGCAAGAGUUUAUUAAAUCUUCUGUUUGUAAUUAUCCUUCAAAUAUAUACAAUUCUUCAUUGUCACUACCAAUAGCCUUUCCAUCCUCCCCUUCUGCUUCACUGACUCAUAAUUAUGAAUCAUUACAGGUGGAAAAACCCGUCGUAAACUUUGUAAAUCAUGCUCAGGUUACCACUAAUCCUUGCAUGAUACAACAUGACAUGCAGCAUUCAACUUCAACUAACUAUUCAUCAUCGUGUUCUUCAUCAUCAUCAUCAUCAUCGUCUGAGCAUCAGCAACAACAGCAGUCACAUCACUGUUUUCCUCAGACUGAUAUUGCUUCAUACUUACCGUCACAAAUUAAUUCGAUAGAAUGUAGUGAUAAACAUCAAUAUAGUUUAACUGAUAUGCCCUGUCCACGUCGUCAGGAACAACAGUAUCGACAAAAAAAGUUGUUUAUUCACUUUCCAACACCAACAGAAACCGUCAAAUUGAUGCCUAAACAUUUGAUGAUGACUAAUGCACAACAGCACCACCAACAUCAAAGUCAACAGCAACUCACAGACGACCUUCUUGAAAGUGAAUCUCACUCAGUAAUCAAUAAGCUUGGCAUGGAAUAUACCUCUCAAGCAACCAUAGACAAACAAUCUGUGCUUCAUGAAAGUGUAUCAAUCGAUAUUGUUUCUCUUAAAAUAUGUUUUUCUCUGAUAAAAACAACUAACAAUCAAAUUUCAACUGCUAUUAUUGUUUCCCAUCAAAAAAAUUUUAAACAAAAAUGUUUACAAGCUCCUCAGUGUGUACAAUGUGGAAAAUUUAAUAUUGAAAGUCAAAAAUGGGUUUUCGACAGAAUUACUGAACUUUAUUUAUGCAAUGAAUGUAAUCAACAAGUGAACAAUGAUAAUAAUAGAAUUAAGUCAACAAGAAAAAUGAAACAUGCACCAAGUAUAAAUGCACCAGCUGAUAAAGCUAAGCCAUUCUUUGAUCCAUUACUGAAUUAUGGCACACGGAAUAGAAAUCGAUCAGGUUUAGAUCAAGAUAAUGGGAGUUUGUCUCUUCUUAUAUGGAAUGAUGUCAAAUCUUACUCUAAAGAUCCUUCAUUUAUAUUCAAUCCUACGGACAAUUUUAAUGAGAUAGAUAAGCACUUGCAAAUACAAUCACCUCAAGAGAUUUCAAACUAUUCUACAUGGUCACAAUAUACAACGAACGUGAUGAAGGAUGCGGCUGUUACUAGGCUACCAAUCGAUUCAAUACAUAGUGAAGAAAACAUCUCAAAGUCAUCUAAUUCAUUAAAUAUUCCAAACUCUACACGUCGUUCAGGACAAUUUUGUACGAAUUGUAAUACUUCAGCAACUACCCUAUGGCGUCGUAAUACGGAAGGAGAACCAGUUUGUAAUGCAUGUGGAUUAUAUUAUAAACUGCACAAGAUAAACCGUCCAAUAUCUAUGAAGAAAGAAGGGAUUCAAACUCGCAAGAGAAAACCAAAAAUGAACACACUAAAAUCUAAUCAGUUAUAUGUACCGAAUCUCUCUCGAGGUUCUGGAAAACCUAUGAACAAAUUAGUGACGCGUAUGGAUGGUUCUAAACAGCUUUCUAACCAAUCUCCAUAUAAAACCCGACAUCAUCACAUUCCUUACAAAGGAACAGAGGUUGAAAGUCACCAUUCUAUUCCACCUAGAUUUGUAGCUUUCCCAAAUUUGUUUUAUGAUGAACAAAGCAUGAAAAAACAAAAUGUGGAUGAAAACAAAUCGAAUGCAUUGGAUUCGUUAUUUCAUUCUCAUUCAUUAAAUGAAGUUCAUCCAAUGCAUACUACAACGCGUACUCCCCAAUUUCCUCCACCAGUUUCACUACCUCAUCAUCACCGAGUGAAUAUAGACGAACCCAACAGUUCAGUUAGCGAUAUUCAUUACAAUCAAUAUGGUGACCAAAUUGAAAACACUGCGAUGAUGAUCAAUCGGUUACCGAUAUUGAAUAAAGUAACAGGAGAGAAUUGUAUAAAUUCAUUAUUAAUCUGGUCUAACACGUCGAGAACAAACGAUGAUUCGAUGAAUACUGUAUUAUUAACCAACUUCAUAGAGUUAGACCGUAAUCAUAAUCAGACUAUCACUGAAGACGAUAAUGAGAAUAGUAAUAACAAUAAUAAUGAGAAUAGUGAUAAACACUCCAAUAUCCCGAUUGAUUUUUCAAAUACAGUUGUCGACUUUAUAAAUUUUCAAUAUCAAGAAAUCCAUGAAAAAUCCGAAACUCCAAAUUUACUACAUCCAAACUUUGAACAGAAAACUAUGGUGACUGACGAUGUAGUGAGUAAUGAGAAGUCAACAAUCUAUCAUACUAACUCAAUAACUCAAGAACAAUCAGUAAAUUUAAUGAAUCCACUAGAACCAAAUUUUCCAUCACCAUCAAACUUCAGCCAUUCUUCAGAAAUAUAA